GGGCGAGACUCCCUUCUCCCUCCCUGGCUUUCAUCAGACCGGAGUAUAGCCGCUGCGUCAAGAGGCUACAUAAACAGCUCCCAAAUAGCUAGCUAGCGCUCCAGCCGGCACCACCAAGUCAUAGCCAUCCGAGCAGUGAGGGAAGGAAAAUUUAACAGUACAGCAAGACUCCUCCAGAAGCAAGCACACCAAGCCAUCCGACCACUCACGACAGAAAACUAGAAGCUUGGAUCCACCGUCACCAUGGACGGCAACAAGAAGCUUGUGACCGCGGCCGAGAAGACCAUUCCAGCUACCGUCCAGCGGGCCAGCAGAUGGGCGCUCUACAACGCCUGCUUCACCGUGGGCCACGCGGUCACCUACGCACUCCUCCAGUCCUCCUUCGCCCUGCGGUGCGUCCAGUGGACGGACGCCAAGGCCGCCCAGGAGAGCGCCCUCUGUCUCUGGAUGCUGCGCUGCGCCGUACUCCAGGCGGCCGCGGCGGCGCUGGCGCUGCACCUGUCGUGCCGCCGCCGCUGGGUCCGCCACGCCCUGGCCUACCUCGCGCUCGUGGUCGCCUUCGUCGGCCACUGCAUGUACGUCGCCGCCGUCCGCCUCCUCCUCGCCGCUGACUGCCCUGGAUACGUCUUGCUCAGGAUCUUGUGCACCGCGUACAUUGCCUUCUUCCUAUGGGGCGACCUGCUCUACUUCCUUGGCCUCCUCCUGGGAGGUGACAACUGAUGAGCAGGGCAAAGCAGCAGUGCGUAGGCAGCCGAUCGAUUAGUUCAGCAAGCUGCAGAUAUGUCCAUGGAUCAACUGAUGUUCGUUCAUGAGGUACUGAUGAAGUGAUGGAAUAAGAAAGUAGAGUAUGCAUUAUGCUACGACCAUUGAUGGAGUGCGCUAUGUCUGAAUUUACCUAGUGUUAAUUGGAUGGGUCUGACUAUAUAGUACUACUUAGUACUGUUUGUGUAAUGUGAGCUAUAUAAAUAGCCUGGAUUGUGGCCGGCUUUGAUGUAUAUAUUAGACCUUUUCAUUUCCCUGCAUUAUGAUUAUCACAGAUGACGGAGUUAUAUAUGAUCCAGCUUCGGUAUAGUUGAUGUUGGUGAAAUUGUUACUAAAGUUUAAUUAUAUCUAUUUUCAUCCCUCGCUCAUGCUGUUUAUGGUUGUGGAGUGAGCCAUGGUUUUUCAUUCAUUCCGGCAACCGCUGACGUAUA